AUGAUGAAUGGGGCUGAGUGCAGUGUAUGUCGUUCAAAGCUGGUCUCUCCCAGUAGCAAAGCUAUUUCGAGGGCUUAUGACGACCAUAAGAUUAGGGUAUCCUCAAAGCAAAAGGUUCUCAAUGUCCUUUUGGUAGUUGGUGAUUGCAUGCUUGUUGGUCUACAGCCUGUCUUGGUGUACAUGUCCAAGGUGGAUGGGAAGUUCAACUUCAGUCCUAUUAGCGUCAACUUCUUGACAGAAAUUGCGAAAGUUAUUUUUGCAAUUGUGAUGCUUUUAAUUCAGGCCAGGCACCAAAAAGUUGGAGAGAAGCCUCUUUUAUCUGUUUCCACAUUUGUCCAGGCAGCUCGAAAUAAUGUGCUUCUCGCUGUUCCAGCCCUGUUAUAUGCAAUUAACAACUAUCUGAAGUUCACAAUGCAGCUAUAUUUCAAUCCCGCUACUGUGAAGAUGCUUAGUAAUCUAAAGGUUCUGGUCAUUGCUGUUCUAUUAAAGAUGGUAAUGAAGCGGCGGUUUUCCAUCAUUCAGUGGGAGGCACUUGCUCUGUUGCUGAUAGGGAUUAGUGUAAAUCAACUGCGUUCUCUUCCUGAAGGUGCUACUGCCAUUGGAAUUCCUCUUGCUACGGGUGCAUACGUCUGUACUGUUAUCUUUGUUACUGUCCCGUCGAUGGCAUCUGUCUUCAAUGAGUAUGCUCUGAAGAGUCAGUAUGACACAAGCAUUUAUCUUCAGAAUUUAUUUCUCUAUGGCUAUGGUGCGAUAUUCAACUUUCUUGGGAUACUAGGAACUGUUAUAUAUAAAGGUCCUGGCAGCUUUGACAUCCUACAAGGACACUCUAGGGCUACCAUGUUUCUGAUCCUGAACAACGCAGCACAAGGGAUUCUAUCCUCCUUUUUCUUCAAAUAUGCAGAUACAAUCUUGAAGAAAUAUUCAUCCACAGUUGCAACAAUAUUCACCGGCAUAGCAUCUGCAGCACUCUUUGGACAUGUUAUAACCAUGAACUUUCUUCUUGGAAUUUCUAUCGUUUUCAUUUCAAUGCACCAGUUCUUUUCACCACUUGCCAAAGUGAAAGACGAGCCACAACAGAACGGGAAUGUAGAAUUAGGCAGUGCAAAAGAUACUCACAGGGCUAAUGACUCGUUCAUCAACAUGGCCGCAGGAGCCAAUGCAGAGGCUACUCACCGUGGUGAAUCAGACGACAGAACGCCGCUUCUUCCCAGAUGA